UGGCUUACUUAACCUGUGGAAAUGCAGCCUGAGCUCCGCCUCCUAAGGCGACCUGGCCUCUCCCCCUCCCGUCCGGAAAGGACGCGAAUGGUCGGCCUGGCUGCAGCCUCAUCUGGAAGAGAGACGAGUGGCCGGCAGAACCGGGCAAAGAGGAGCACCGGGUGCGAGGAGAGGCGGCGGAGAGUCGCUGCCUGGAAGGCAGGCAGGCAAGGCAGGCGCGGGACUUCCCAGGGAAGAAGGCAGCGGUCCCCUUCGGAUCGGGGAUCCCUUUUUGUUUUCCUUCCCGCCUGCACGUGCAUGGCAGCCCAGAGGUUGAACCCUUUGCUCCGAGAAACAGGGCCUCCCAUCUCAUCUAAGCAACUCUGCAAUUCUUGACAAUGUGGAAGUCCUAGACCUGCAGGCAGGUGAUGACAGCACCAGCCAGGCUUGGGAUAAAAAAAUAUUGUCAACCUAAUUAUGCCCGGUGGAAAGAGAAGGCGAAAGUCGUGGUCAAAAGAUGACCACAAAUGUCGUCGGAAUGCAGCAAGGAGAAGAGAACAAGAAUCGGAUGAGGCUAGAGCUGCUCGACUCCAGGAUCAGAGAGUCAGGACAAAGAGAAAGAGAGGAAGAGAGACAGGGGAAGAGAGGCAUGUCCGUCUCCAGAAAGACAAGGAAAGACAGAGACAGAGAAGAGAGAGAGAGACAGAGGAAAAGAGGCAUGCCCGCCUUCAGGAGCAGAGAGAAAGAACCAGGAGAAGACGGUACGAAGAAACGGUGGAGGAAAGAGCUGCACGUCUCCAGAAAGACAGAGAAAGACACAGAAUGAGGAGACAAGCGGAGACGGAGAAGAAGCGGGAGGAUCCACCUGAGAAUAUGUGGCGAAGAGAAAUUAGUGCGGGAGUUGCAGAACACAAUCCCUGCCUUCGACAACAAAGCCUCAACAGAGAAAAAACAAAGCAAAAUGCACAGCUGGUAUGGUGUAAUAUUUCUGCCGAGCUGCAGGAGGGAUCAACUAUGGAGGAACAGAAGCAUGUGGUGUGCAAAGAAGAAGAGGGAACAGAGAAAACGGGAAGAGACCCUCUCAUUGUCCAAGUCAGGUCCAUCGGGGACUUUUUGACCAACGAUAGCCCAUCCCACAUUAAAAUGGAGUCAGAGGAUGAACUAUACCAAUGCUGGGACUCUGAAAGGCCGGAACUCUUGAAAAGAGUGGCAGGGUUUCCCAUACCACCAUCCCUUUUGGAGGACGAUGCCAAGGACUUCCAGUUCCCUUUGGGGAGAGUCAAGGAGGAUUUGCAGGAGGAGCGCUCUGGGGAGGCCAGAGGGAAAACUCUGCUCCAAAGGGAUCUCAACAUCAGUGGGAAAGCUUGGAUGGGUAGGGAAAAGCUGGAUUUCUGCAUGAAGGUGAAGGCGGAAGAGACUCUGGAGGAAGUUGAUCUGGAGAGCCAGGGCCCCCUGCAUCUCAAGCCGUUCGUCCCGCAGGAUGCUGAGGAGGUAUUGGGCCCCCAAAGGCUGAAAGAGAGGGGAGGAAAUGGGGUAGAUAGUAAGGACUUACUGUAAAGACACUUUUUCAUAAUUGUAUCUAACUACCUGUAAGAUCAUAAACACAGUCACUUUCACUGACCUUAUUGUCAGCCCCAGUUAUGGUCUAUCUCAGUGUUUCCCAAACUUGA